GCUGCGCCACGCCGACCGAGCGAUGUUGUGGAGGCUGCUGGGACUCCUCCUCCUGCCCUCCCUCCACUCAGCCAUGUAUGUGCAUAACGGCAACAACAGUGAACGCCCUCGGCUCCGCAUGUUGGACACGGGGGACAUGAACAUGACGGAGUGGGACUUCGGGACCCCGCACCUUACCAUGCCCAACAUGACCUACAUGCCCCAAGACGCGGUGAAUUCCCCCCCCAUGCCGGACUCUACGAUGUGCUCCAUCCUGAUGAGCAUGCCCGACAUACCGCUGGAUCAGAUCCCUCCGUCCUGCCUGUGCUCCCACUGUAAGGGCAUCACGGGGCCCAAAGGGGACCAAGGGGACCGGGGCCUCCCAGGAACUCCUGGGAGUCCCGGGGUGAGAGGGAUGACGGGCUUCACCGGGCCGCGAGGAUUCACCGGCGUUCAGGGGAUCAAGGGUCAGAAAGGAGACCUGGGGGAUAAGGGUCACAGUGGCGGCACCGGACUCCCCGGGAUGGAAGGCUCACGAGGCUACAAAGGAGACAAAGGGGACUUCGGAUCUGAAGGCCUCCCAGGACCCCUGGGACCUCAGGGAGAAGACGGUAUUUGUCCCGCAUCCUGUGAAAGUGUGCCAGGUCCGCCAGGUCUACAAGGCUCCUCAGGACCAGCCGGAGCUCGAGGUCUUCCUGGGGUCCAGGGACCGAUGGGACAGAAAGGUAUGAAGGGCCCUAAGGGGGACCUGGGAACCCCUGGAAACCCUGGCAUGGAUGGCCUGAAGGGGGAUCAAGGUGAGCAGGGGAUGUGUAACUGCACCGAUGGGAUAAACGGCACAAAUGGACUUCCAGGAGAUCAAGGGUUCAAUGGGGAGAACGGGGAUGAUGGUGCCCAGGGUGACAAAGGCUCCAUGGGGCUUAAGGGCAACAAGGGCGACCUGGGUGUGAGGGGGGUCCCCGGGCCAUGUUCAACGCCCAUUAAAUCUGCAUUCUCCGCCGCUCUGGACAUCUCCUUUCCUGCUGCAAACUGGCCCAUUCCUUUCACUCGAGUCAUCCUCAACCAGCAGGGCCACUUCAACCCAGAGAUGGGAAUGUACACGGCGCCCGUCAACGGCACCUUUGUCUUCAGCUUCCACUUGGCCAUCGCCGGGAAGGCCGCCAUUGUCGGCUUGUACAAAAAUUUUGAACGCAUGGCCAUGGCGACUGAAGUGAACAACCUUUCCUCCGCCACGAUGACCGUCGUCUUGCACCUCUUGGUGGGGAACAAAGUGUGGCUGCAGGUGAAGGACGAAAACUUCAACGGCGUGAUAGCCGGCGAUGAUCACAUCAGCAUGUUCUCUGGGUUUCUGCUGUACCCUGACUCCUGCGAAAUGAUGUUUGGUCGAGAGGGACCAGGUUCUCAUUAUGAAUUGCCUAAGGGCGAGUACACCUGGAAUAGUUCCUCGCAAACCACCACGCCUCAACCAUAA